CGGAACCCGCGACGCGACCCGGAAGGCAGGUCGGCGUGCGCAUGCGCCCGCUCGCCCGUCGGGGUCACGGGGCCAGCGAGCGCGAUGGCGGAGCUGCGUGAGGCCGAGGAAGCUGAGUUGCAGCGCCUGGUGGCCGCCGAGCAGCAGAAAGCGCAGCUCACCGCGCAGGUACAUCACUUCAUGGAGCUGUGCUGGGAUAAGUGUGUGGAGAAGCCAGGCACUCGCCUAGACCCUCGCACUGAAAGCUGCCUCUCCAGUUGUGUGGACCGCUUCAUUGACACUACUCUUGCCAUCACCAAUCGGUUUGCCCAGAUUAUACAGAAAGGGGGGCAGUAGGUCGCCCUCUGGGAGAAGACAGCAGCCAAGAACUUGUUAUUAAGCAGACUGAAGGGCCAGUGGGGUAAGGUUGACUCACUGUCAGGUCAACUUCAGGCUAUUGCCAUCCCUUUUGGUGCUAAAAAGAAACAGAUCAGAUGUUCAAAAAAUGAGUUAUUUAUUUGGAAUUCAAAAAUUCUUUGUUGUAUCACAAGUUAUUCAAUAAAUGUAAAGUCCAACUUUU